GAAAAUUAGAAACCCUCGAGAAGUGAAACGAAGCGACAUAAAAACCUAAAUACAGUGUCUUUCCAACUACUUCCCAAAUUGAGCUAAAAUCCACCGCUGCAAAAUCUCUGCAACCUUUUGAAAUUCCAGAACAUUCUUAGAAAUGGAUUCAGAAACUUCGAACAAAAUCGAAGAAACAGUACUGGAAAUCCUGAAAUCCUGUAACCUGGACGAAGUUACGGAGCUCAAAAUCCGAAAAAUGGCCUCCGAAAAACUAGGGCUUGAACUAUCCGACCCGAUCCGAAAGGCAUUUGUACGGCAAGUCGUGGAGAAGUUCCUCGCCGAAGAACAAGCUAAAGCGGAGGCAAAUGAGGAAGAAGAAGAAGAGGAGGAGGAGGAAGAGGACGAUAAAAAGAAAAGCAGUGGCGCCGGUGAUAAAGAGUACGAUGACGACGGCGAUCUCAUCGUUUGCCGAUUGUCACAUAAGAGAAGAGUGACAAUUACUGAGUUUAGGGGAAAAACUCUGGUGUCGAUAAGAGAGUACUACAACAAAGAUGGCAAGGAGUUACCUACUUCUAAAGGCAUAAGCUUGACAGCUGAGCAAUGGGCAACAUUCAACAAGAAUAUUCCUGCAGUUGAGAAAGCUAUCAAGAAAAUGGAGUCAAGGUGUUAGUUUAUUUCCUCCUUUUUCCGUAACAUGCAGUAGUAGAUUGUAAUAUCUAAAGUACUUGAACAGUAGGAGACUUAUUUUUUAGCAUUACGCCUGCUUUUUUGGGUAUAUAGAUGUUAUCUGAUUAUAAGAAGUAGCUAGAUUUUGGAAAGACUAAAGAAAUUUUCUUAAAUUCCUUUA